UCCAAACAGGAAGUCCAGCUCAGAGGAAAUCGGUAUCAGUCAAAAUGGCGUCUCCCAAGAGUGCGCCUAAAGAUGCUCAGGUAAUGGCUCAGAUUCUAAAAGACAUGGGCAUCACAGAGUAUGAACCGAGGGUGAUCAAUCAGAUGCUUGAGUUCACUUACAGAUAUGUAACAACCAUCAUAGAAGAUGCUAAAAUCUAUGCAACCCAUGCAAAAAAGUCCAAUGUAGAUGCUGAUGAUGUGAGGUUAGCCAUUCAGUGUCGCAUGGACCAGUCUUUCACCUCUCCACCCCCAAGAGAUUUCCUGCUUGAGGUGGCCAGACAGAAAAAUCAGACGCCUCUGCCUUUGAUCAAACCAUAUACAGGGCCUCGCCUUCCUCCAGACAGAUACUGCCUUACCGCUCCCAACUACAGGCUGAAGUCCCUGCAGAAAAAGGUGUCGUCAUCAGCAGGAAGAAUAACAGUGCCACGACUGAGUGUGGGAAAUGUGUCCAGUCGGCCGAGCACUCCGACGCUCGGUACCCCUUCCGCACAGACUGUAGCAGUUACUUCCAAAGUUGGGACACCUGUGUCACUGACAGGGCAGCGCUUCACUGUUCAGAUACCCUCAUCACAGUCUUCAACUGGAAAGUCAGCUACACCUUCUACACCUACAGUUCAAAACGUCCUGAUUAACCCCUCACUGAUUGGAUCCAAAAACAUUCUCAUCACAACAAACAUGGUUUCGUCACAAAAUUCCGCCAGUGACUCCAACCCACUGAAAAGAAAACAUGAAGAGGAUGAUGACUAUGAUGCUUUGUGACCCAUGAAAAACAUUCUGUCAGUGGCUGGACAGUGAGCCUUUGUAAAUGUGCUUGCUUGCUUGUGUUCAUUUUCAUUAUAGAAACUUUAACAAAUAUUCUUAAUUGUUGCCUAGUUUGUAUUAAAAGUAGUGUAAAUGAGGGCUUUUUAAUUAUUAGCUACAAUACUGUAAAAUAAUUGAUGCGUUUAUUUUCCUGCUUUGGAGAUCUUGUUCCUCAUGUCCGCUAAGCAAAAUCAUGCUUAGCAAAGAAUCCUGGCAGGAAAUAAUAAGGGUUUGUAUAAGGUAUUAAAAAGUAGUACAAUAGCAUUAUAAAGUACUUUAUAGUAAAUCGCAAUGUUUUUUUUUUAACUAUGACAUCACUGCAGAUUCAAAACAGGCUUUGAAUUCAGAAGAUUGUGUGUUUCUUUUACAAAUACCUUAAUCCUCAUUUCCAAUGACUUGACUAGCUAACACAUUUCCAUCAACUGGUAUAGAUUGGCUUAUUGGGACACAGUGGUAUAUUUUAUUAAGUCAGUUUGUUGGUAAAGAAGCUAUAACAGAAUAUAGGAAUAACCCAGGACAAUAUUUUUAUCCUAACUCACGAUUUUUUUCUUUUUACAAGAAAAUGAAUUGGAGGUUAUGAUUGGGCAGUGAUUGUAUUCUGUGAGCUCAUACCGAUCAAGUGACAGUGGAAACCGAUUCAUAUCGUAAGCUGUUUUACAGCUCUUGUUGAGCCACACUGCAUCUCAGUUUCAUUAACUUUUGUUGGCAAACAAGAGCAGUAAUAUUUACUUAAGAUCCCCCAAAGUAGCUUUCUUAUAAAAAAUCAACUUACCUUUUAGUAGUGGUUUGUGAAAUUAUUUUUGUAUUGACUGUUCUUACCUUUAAAGGUUUGUAUCUGAAGCAAAAUUCAAAAUUUUGCAUUUUUCUGUUUAGAAUAAACUGUAAUGCUAUACUAUUUUGUGGGCUAAUACUAUUUUUGGCAUGGAAGCUUGUAUUCAAUCAAUUCAAAAAGGAGCACCUGGUGUUUCCACCCUCGUGGGUUUUCAUCCACUUCACAGCUGACAUGCUAAUUAAAAAUGUUUUAUUGUUCAUUUAA